AUGCAAGAGGGUGACGAUGGCACUGAUAAGGAGUAUGAAUGGUUUUCCUACUAUAUCUCUGUCACAUCUGUGCUGGUUCUGAUAAUUAUAUGGUCUCUGCUGCCAGAAGAUGAUGCCAAUGGAUUAUGGAACAACAGCGUAUUUAAAGCGGUAUUGGACGUCCUACCACAGCGGAAAUGGGUAAUCUACAGCCAAUGCCUAGUGUUAAUGGGAAUGCUCUAUGCAUACUUUGCCAUAUUAAUGUACAAUGAAGAUGUGCUGACGCCGGCAUUGGACGACCUACGAACAAUCACAGACUCCAGGGGAGAAACGAUUAUUUGUGCCAACGAUGCUGAACUGCUCAAAAAUUACGCAUUCAAGGAGACUGGUGGCAUCAUUGAUCUUCCCAUAAUGGAUGUAUGCGAAAUCCUGUAUGCCAAGGACAAUGCUACCGUAUCAUGA